GUGAGCGUGAGUUUGACAUGCAAACACCAGGCAGAGAUUUUAACGAUCACAUUGGUCACAACUUCUCAGUAGACAUGGUCGACACCCAGCAGCUCCUAUCCUGGCCUGUUAGUUUCAGUCUGAGCGCCGUGGACCUGUCAGAGCUGGAUGACAGCUCCCACUCCCUCGACAUGAAGCAUUUGUCCACGUUAGACUACGCCUCCAUCUCCUCCUCCUCCAUCCAGUCCUCCCUGUCUCCCCCGCUCGUAUCCUCCAUCUCCUCUGCCGGUGUGGCCUAUGACCCCAGUCCACCGCAGAACGAAGAGCUGACCAACAUGGACUACACAAACAUGCACAGCUACAGGACGGAGCUGAACAUGCACAAUAUGAUCAAGCUGGAGCCGGAGUCGCCUCCACAGUACUCUGACAGUCCCGUGUUCUCCAAGCUCCAGGACGAUAUGUCGCCGGCAGCGCUAAACAUCGAGUGUCGUGUGUGUGGAGACAAAGCCUCUGGGUUUCACUAUGGCGUCCACGCCUGUGAGGGCUGUAAGGGUUUCUUCAGACGCACAAUCAGGUUAAAGUUGGUGUACGAUCACUGUGAUCUUCACUGUCGCAUUCACAAGAAGUCCCGCAACAAAUGCCAAUACUGUCGCUUCCAGAAGUGCCUGAAUGUUGGCAUGUCACACAACGCCAUUCGUUUUGGCCGAAUGCCCCAGGCGGAGAAGGAGAAACUGCUAGCGGAGUUCUCUUCUGACAUGGUGCACAUGCACCCGGAGGCGGCAGAUCUGAGGGCUCUGGCCCGGCAUCUGUACGAGGCCUAUCUGAAAUACUUCCCCCUCACCAAGGCCAAGGCCAGGGCCAUCCUCUCUGGGAAGACCGGAGACAACAUGCCUUUUGUCAUCCAUGACAUGAAGUCUCUAAUGGAAGGAGAACAGUUUAUUAAUUGUAAGCAGGUACCCAUCCAGGAGCUCCAGCACCAGACAUCCACCCUAACAGCCGGACUUGGAGGUUUCGCAGGAGCUCACUCGGGGUCAGAGUAUGGAUUUUUAGGAAUGUCGAGCAUCAGCGGAGAGGAACCACCAGACACUCUGGAGCUGCGUUUCUUCCACAGCUGUCAAUCACGUUCGGCCGAAGCAGUGAGAGAAGUGACAGAGUUUGCCAAGAGUAUCCCAGGAUUCAGUGAUCUGGAUCUCAAUGAUCAGGUAACUUUGCUGAAGUACGGUGUGAUCGAGGUCUUAAUCAUCAUGAUGUCACCUCUGAUGAACAAAGACGGGACUCUGAUCUCCUACGGACAGAUCUUCAUGACGAGGGAAUUCCUCAAGAGUCUCAGGAAACCUUUCUCUCAAAUGAUGGAGCCGAAGUUUGAGUUCUCAGUCAAGUUCAACACGCUGGAGCUGGACGACAGCGACAUGGCGCUGUUUCUGGCUGUCAUUAUCCUCAGCGGGGACCGCCCGGGCCUGCUGAACGUGAAGCCCAUCGAGCAGCUUCAGGAGACGGUGCUCCAUUCGCUGGAGCUGCAGCUGAAGCUAAACCAUCCUGUGUCUCUGCAACUGUUCGCCAAGCUGCUCCAGAAAAUGACCGACCUGCGUCAGAUCGUCACCGACCACGUCCACCUCAUCCAGCUGCUGAAGAAGACGGAGGUGGACAUGUGCUUACACCCACUGCUGCAGGAGAUCAUGAAGGACUUGUAUUAGAAUUCAACAAGAGAAAAGGACAAAGUAGGAGAAAAGAGAAAUAAGAGAGAAUAAAGAGAUUUUAUUUUUAAAAUCACGACUUGUGAAAUUAUGACGAUGAAGCACUUUGUGCUGCUGGUGUGUUGAAAUAAAGGGAGGUAGCCAGACAGGCUGACUGAAAUUGAGAAAGACAUGAGGAAGAACAGGAGAAGAUAAAUUAAGGAAAGAAAUAAUCUGAGCGAUAGAUCUUGUCUAGACAGCAGCAUGCUGAGCCUGGACAUUCAGCAAAUGUGUAGGCUGCCAAACUGAUACCUAUUGCACCAAUCAGGACGACCCUCUAUUACUAACUGAAAGAGUGGGGACUUUCUUUUUUGGCAAGCUUAAGCUUAAGAUGGCGAUUGCUCAACACAGCCUGCUUCAAGUCAGGAGAAAUCACUGUGAAUAUUUUUACACCGCGUGUCACACAGUAGAGUAUGUGUUGUACAUGUGCAGCUUAUCUACAUGUUGCGUUACAACCGUCUUGGGCAGCAGUGUGUACAUGCUUCAAUACCUCUGAACGCACACAAAUGCAUGAAUGCUUGCGUGCACACACAAAACAAUGCACAGAUCAGGGUGAAGGUGCUAUCUCUUUUUAAUCAGCAUUGUCCAAAGACAGAAAUCAGAUUAUUCCCUGUAACAUAUUUUUGUCUCAGUUAACUGCAGAAACUGUGAGAAAGUGUGAAGCCAACUAAAGCCACAUUACUUUUUGUUUUUUUGUUUUUUUUAAGAAACAGUAUACGCCAUAUUGUGCCUUUAAGAUUUGCUGUUUGACUUUUUUUGUGUGGAAUGAAUGCCAUUUAAAAAAUAUAUAUUACACAUGUAUGAUGUAUAAUAUAUGUAUAUUGGUAUGUAUUAUUUUUUAUGGAUGUCUGUCCAGCACGCUUUCUAGCCUUGUUUUUUGUCUGAAAUUCUUAAAAAGUAGCUAUAAUUUUUACUAUGAAACUAUUUUUUAUCUAUGCAAAGUGUCUACUAUGUCUGAUCGAUCAGAUGUUGUUGU